UCCCGCGUUUCUAUCCAGCCUCCUCCCCAUCUCUCGUGUCCCCGUCUUGUCAUGGACUCUGAGUGAUAGCCGGGUCUCCUCCCCCUUUCCUGCGUCUCCGUCCAGUCUCCUCCCCUCUGAUCUCUCGGCCGGAGCUGGUGACGUAACCUGGAUGUGGCGAGGGCGGGGAAUCGCGAGUGACGGUGACAGGCAGUGAGGUGAAAGGGACAUUAUUUUCUAAUCAAGCGAACUAAAGACAUCAUUUAUUGAAGGCUCUGAAAGGUGUACAAAAACUCUUGUCGUUUGGAGCAUAGUAGAAACCUAUUAUAACUAAGUUGUUACUCAUCGAAGAAAUGAAGAACAAAAGAGAGAAAACACUUCAGUGCUCAGAGUGUGACUUACGCUUUGCAGCUAAAACACAUCUUCUCAUACAUCAGAGGAUUCACACGGGAGAGAAACCAUAUCUGUGCUCUGAGUGUGACAAAACCUUCACACGUAAAUCACAGCUUGACAUACAUCAGAUGAGUCACACAGGAGAGCACCCAUUUAAAUGUUCUGAGUGUAGCAAGUGUUUUUCCCGGAAGUUCAGUCUUGUUACUCAUCAGAUGGUUCACACAGGAGAGAAACCAUUUAAAUGCUCUGAGUGUAGCAAGUGUUUUGCUAGAAAAAAAACACUCAUUACGCAUCAGAUGAUUCACACAGGAGAGAAACCAUUUAAAUGCUCUGACUGCAGCAAGAGUUACACCAAAAAGCGACAUCUUGUUACACAUCAGUGGAGUCACACAGGACAGAAACCAUUUACAUGUUCUGAAUGUAGCAAAUGUUUUUCUCAGAAGUCACAUCUUGUUAGUCAUGAAAGAAGUCACACAGGGGAGAAACCAUUUGCAUGCUCUGAAUGUAGCAAAUGUUUUGCUGAGAAGCAACAACUUGUUGUACAUCAGAGGACUCACACAGGAGAGAAAUCAUUUAUAUGCUCUGAAUGCAGCAAGUGUUUUAUUGAGAAGUCGCAUCUUGUUAGACAUCAGAUGAUUCACACAGGCGAGAAACCAUUUAAAUGCUCUGAAUGCAGUAAGUGUUUUAUCAGUAAGCAACAACUUAUUAGCCAUCGGAGAAGUCACACAAGAGAGAAACCAUUUACGUGCUCUGAAUGUGGGAAGUGUUUUUCGGAGAGGUCAAAUCUUGUUAGACAUCAGAGGAGUCACACAGGAGAGAAGCCAUUUAAAUGUUCGGAGUGCAACAAGUGUUAUACCCUUAAAGAGAAUCUAGUUAGACAUCAGAAGAGUCACACAGGAGAGAAAUAAUUAACAUGUUCUGAAUGCAGCAGGUGUUUUACCAAGAAGAAAGCACUUAUUACUCACACGAGGAGUCACUGUAAUGCUUAGAAUGUGGCAAGUGAUUCAUAAGUUAAAUUGUAUAAUGACAAUUGACAUAAUUCUGAGAUGGAAGCACAGCAUGAGAAAGCCGGUCACUUUGCACCAGGACAAUCCAUGUUGCUUUUCAACGGGUGCAAAUACAUUUGUUAUUUUUGCCAAGGAACAAGUAACUGUUUUUUGUUUUGUUUUUUGCUGUACUCUAUGCUCUGAAUUGCCCCCAAUAUGCCUUGAAGAAAGGCAAUAUUUAUUUUCUUACAGUAACAGUAGUAGAGGAAAGCUUUCUGUCCAGUAGAGUGUUCCAGCAGCUCCUCUCAGUACUGGGAUUCUCUGACUGGCAGAGCUAUGAUUACUGGUUAUUUCUAUAGAAACUCUGAAUGCUUCUCUGUUUCACCCUAUGGGUUAUAUUUACUAAACAGUUAUUCAAAGCUGCCAAUUCUUACUGCCUAAUCCCUGCUGGAUAUUAAAGGCCAGUAGUAAUAUACACAAAAUCAGACUUGUUUUGCUUGUAUUUCUAUUGCUCUUUUAGAAUUGGUGGCUUUGAAAAAAGAAUAUUUAGUAAAUAUACCCCUACAAGUCUCUUAUCUAUUCUCUCUUAUUCCGCCUUCUUUCCUGAAUACCUUUAUAUUCUAGUAUGAGUACUAUGUACCUUUUUAGUAAAAUUAUGUGGGUAAAAUCUACUUCGUCUGUAUCCUUUAGCUACCAAUCAAAUAACAUUUGUUAGUUUGCUGGUAGUAUACAGUAAAUAGCUGAUAUCAGGUUACAGUACAUUGUUGAUUUUAACUUCAUGUUAUUAAAUAAGGCCCACGGAGGGCACAUUGUUUGGUAAGCCUACUAAUAAAGUCUCUUCAUAAUUAUUAUUUUAUUUACUAGCACAGUAAAAGUGUUCAUGUCUUGUACAUUUUUC